AUGGGGGGCCAGCCCUCUCUGGUUAAGACGGUCGAGUCCAAGGUUUUUGAAGGUGACCUCAGAGGCGCAGUUCGGGUGUUGAUGUCAGACGAUAGCGUGGCGCCUUCGGGUCCGGAGACACUUGCCGCUUUACGGUCAAAACACCCGUUCCCGUCCAGGCCUCUCUCAUUGCCGCAGGAGCCUGAUAAUUCUAUUACUGCAUAUUCCGUGAAGCCGGAAGACGUAGCACACGCACUGAGCUCCUUUAGUAGCAGUUCAGCUGCCGGGCUGGACGGUAUCCGGCCGGCACAUUUGAAGGAACUCACUUCUGGUUCUGCAGGGGACAAUGGUCUACGGCUCCUUGAAAGCUUAACUAAGCUGUGUAAUUUUUUGCUUAGUGGCCAGCUAAAUGUAGCCGUCUGUCCCUAUAUGUAUGGUGGUUCGCUGUGUGCAUUGUCCAAAAAGGAUGGGGGUAUAAGGCCAAUUGCGAUCGGCAGCACCUUUAGGCGAUUGACGGCAAAGCUUGGGUGCCGUGCGGUGAGAGAGGAGAUGGCCUCUUAUCUUCGGCCGUGUCAGUUGGGAUUUGGCAUAAAAAUGGGCUGCGAAGCAGCCAUUCACGCAACCAGGGCUUUCUCAGCAGACCCCGACAACGUUGAUAGCGUAAUUAUCAAGCUAGACAUAAAAAAUGCUUUUAAUUCAAUUGAGCGGGAUGUUAUGCUAUCGGAAGUUAGGGAUAGGGUGCCUUCUCUUUACCCUUUCCUCUUCCAAGUCUACUCGUCGCCUUCUUUCCUAUGUUACAAUGGUUCCCCUAUCCUUUCACAGGUCGGUGCUCAGCAGGGGGAUCCGCUCGGUCCGCUUGUGUUCAGUUUGGGAAUACAGAAAGUGAUUUCGGAGCUUCAUUCUCCCUUGAACAUAUGGUAUCUGGAUGACGGUACUCUGGGAGGUGAGCCUGAGGUCGUGAAGCAGGAUCUGAUUGCACUCCUUCCACGCUUUCAACAAUUGGGUCUGGAGGUAAACGCGGACAAGUGCGAGUUCUUCCCGUGUGGGCCCGUUUCCCGUGCUUCCUUCCCAGUUUUUAGUUACCUGCUUCCGGGUCUCAAGGAGGUGUCGGCUGGGACUUUUACUCUUUUGGGGUCCCCUAUUUUUGAGGAGGCCAUUCCCGAUGCGUUUGAGGUGCGAAGGCAGCUUCUUUUAUCCGCUAGGGGUAGAUUGAAGAAGUUGUCGGCGCACGUGGCCCUUGUCCUGCUUCGGAUUUGCUUCGCGGUUCCCAGGCUGACGUACUUUUUGCGGACCGUUCCGGCUUGGCUUCGCCCUGAAGAACUGGACUCAUUUGACGUCGUCUUGAGGGAGGCUGUAGAGUCCUUGCUUAACGUCUCCCUUAAUCCUGACCAAUGGGACUUGGCGUCCUUGCCAAUCCGGAGUGGUGGGCUGGGUAUCCGGCGCGCGCGGGACGUGUGUCUUCCGGCGUUCUUGGCAUCGGCGGGUGCGGUCGGAGGUCUGGUUUCCCAAAUUUUGGGAAAGGAUAUUAGCAGCGUAACCAUACCUUACUCUGCCGCUGCUUUGGAGGCUUGGACCACUCUUAAUCCGGGUAUGCCGGUGCCUGAAAGGCCGGAAUCCCAACGAUUAUGGGACGAUGUUGGGGUGAAGAGGAUUUUUGAGGGCCUGUUGGGUCGGUCUGUGGGUGUGGAUAGGGCAAGGCUUCUUGCGGGGUCGAGACCGGAGUCAGGGGCGUGGUUGCAGGCGCUUCCUUCCCCUCAUUUUGGCACGCUUCUCGACAAUGAUUCGUUGCGGGUGGCUGUUGCUCUUCGCUUGGGUUGCGAUGUUUGUGUGCCCCAUUUAUGCAUUUGCGGCACCAUGGUGGAGAGCAAUGGUCACCACGCUUUGAGUUGUUGUCGAUGUGCUGGAAGGUUUCCUCGCCAUCAUGCCCUAAACGACAUAAUUCGAAGGGCGUUCGUUUCAGCAAAUGUGCCUUGUGUGCUCGAGCCUCCGGGGCUUAGUCGGUCGGAUGGCAAGAGGCCGGAUGGAUUGACCUUAGUGCCGUGGGAGAGAGGAAAGUGCCUGCUAUGGGACGCCACAUGCGUCAGCACUUUUGCUGCUUCCCAUGUCACUCGCACGGUGAAUUUAGCGGGGGCAGCUGCUGAGACGGCUGCUAUUAAAAAACGCGAAAAAUAUUCGUGCUUGGGGGGUUACUUGUUUGUUCCACUCGCGGUGGAGACCACUGGGUGUUGGUGCUCGGAGGCUCAGGCCUUCUUUUUGGAGAUCGGGAGUCGGCUGAGGGAGAGGGGGCUCGAUCCCCGCUCCGGGUCAUUCCUGGUGCAGAGGUUAUCGAUCGCGGUCCAGCGCGGAAAUGCAGCUAGCGUCUUGGGAACCUUUGCACCUGGAAUGACUCGUGGUGGGUUGUUUGACGUAUGA